AUGGUGGUCGCAUUGGAUUUCGGCAAAACGAAGCGCGGCCAGAAGGUGUUCGCAAGCGCGAAGCCGGGGUCUUACGUUUCCAAAAAGGACGUGGUCAAGACCCUUGAUCAGAAGCUACUCGACGCAGCGGAAAUUGGCGAUUUCCGAGGGGUCACGAGCCUCAUCGACGAUGGCGCCGACGUCAACUGCACGAACCACAAGGGCGCAACGCCGUUGCACGAGGCUGUGGUUUCAGGGUACAGAAGUUUGGCUUUUUAUUUUGACUGCGGCCGCCGCCGCUCCGUAGAAAAUGUGAAUGCAUGAUCAUGGGCAUACAACAGCAGCGUACAAAAAGGGUACGGGAAUCAAAUAAACGUUGACUUGAUCCAAAUUUCGCAGCUCUUGCCCCACUCUGGGCGUGCUUCUCCGUGCCGGCGCCGAUCCCAAUUUCGUUACCGACUACGAGAAGCGCACGCCGCUGCACCGGGCCUGCUUCCACAAGUUCGUGGACGUCGCGAAUUUGCUGCUGAUCUUCGGCGCAGACCCGUAUGUAGUAGAUGUCGACGGGAAGGUCCCGGGCGAGUUGGGGCUCGAAAAUUUCAUGAAGAAGCACAGCGAGUCAGACGAUUGCCUGUACAACAAUAUCGACCAGGCUGAGGUGGAAGCUGCGGAAUCUUCAGAUCCGUCUUGUUCAAAACCCAAGAUAAUUUUAAACGAAGAGACGACGCCCGCUCUGGGAGAUGAACUACAACCAGACGAGUGCCCCAGCACGGACACCACCCCCGCGCCGACUCCGUCGAGCAAGGAGAAGAAGAAAGAAACGUUACUGCCCUCUGUGGAGGAGGAGAGCCUGAUGACGCCGAAAUCCGUCGCACCGGCAGACUCAGAAGUAGCCGCCGACGACAACGACGACGCAGUGUCGGUCACAUCAUCCCGAAGCCAGGCUUCGCGCGCCUCGUCCCGUGCGGUUUCCGACGUGUCGGGGGUGCCCUCGUUAGCGUCCACCCGGGCGCCGAAACGCGGGGCGCUGACGAACCGCGCAGACCAGCUGGCCGAGAACCGACAGAAGCUGUCCGACUUCCGCGCUACGUGGAAGCGCGUCAAGGAGGAGGCGGCCGCGCGGAAGGAGGAGCGCCGGAGUGAGGAAGAGAAGAAGAGGCUCCUCGCACAAAAGGAAAAGGCUGAAAAGCAAGCGCAGCAGGAAAUAGAGCGCAAGGAAAGGGAGGAGCGCGAGGCCAAAAGAAAACAGGAGGCGAAGGAGCGCGAAAAGGAGCGGCAGGCGGAAUUACUGGCUGCAAGCAUGGACUACGAGGACGACCAGAGAGACCCCGAAGACGUUGCAGCAGAACAGCAAAUGCGUAUCUGUGAUUUAUUUCCUGAUGAUCUCAAUAAACUUGAUCUUGAUCAUGUGGCUUUGCUCGUUCGCGCGUGAUCGGAGCAGACAUGCAGAAUAAAAUCAGCUUCAGCUUGAUCUCAGGAUGAAUACACUGCAGGUGCGGAGAUGCAACGGCGGUCGCAGCUUCGUGUCUGCAUCACAGAUGCGGGCGAGCCACAAGUGAAUGGCGAGUACUACUGCACGUUUUUCGACACGUACCGUGUGGAAUACCGGGGAGUCGACGACGAAAACCGCAAUCUGUACUGGAGCUCGUUGGGGAACGAGUGGCGGCUGUGCGUGAACGGCUACAAGGCGGGGAACACGCUGUACCGAAAUCCGAAAGUGACCAAGACCAAGGAAGUGCCGCUCACAGGGUGGCUGCCGUGGUUCGGAAAGAACCCCUGCCCCGUUUUCGAGGAGCUCAACAAGGACUCCUCCGCAUCUUCCAGCUUGCAGCCCUUGCAGAAAGAAGCCGAUGAAGUUGACGAUACGAAACUACCGGAAUCUACAACAGCUCCAGUGGCGAUGGAGAAAGAGGACGCCGGAGCAACGUCCCCCGACGAGGAGGCCGGUGGUACGGACCACGGGGCCGGCGUUGCGCCAGCCAGCAAGAAGAAGCAGUUUCUCGAGUGCCGGUCUAUUCUGGAGAUUGUCGCCAAGCCAGACACGUACGAUAGCGGCACCGACGUGGUGAUGCAGGAAGUGAGUAGUGGAACGAGUAAUGAGGCAACCACAAGCACCGCCACCGGGUCAACAUCAUCGUCGUCCUCUUCCUCGUCAUCCGGAAAUAAAGCAGACGAAAAUUGUUCUGAAAAACUCGAUGCGGUGCUACAGCAGCAGUUGGACCAGCUGCUGCAUUUCGAGGAUCCUUUGGAAAAGACGGAGGACCAGGACAGCCUGUGGGCCGCGAUCGAAAGCUGCAAAAAGCAAGGGAACGAGGAAUUUACGGACGGGCAAAUCAAGACGGCACUGGAAUGCUUUACGCGGGCUUUAGACGGGGUUGAAAAGAUGGAUUACCCGGACUCGGUACGGGCAAAGCGAAUCAAGGCGGUGUUGUACUCGAAUCGAUCGCUGGUAUAAUUGCUGUAAUAUCUUUUGGUCGUGCCUUGUGGUCAUGCUGUUGCUGGUGCGUCAUCAUUAUGAUGUGGGGCAAAUAGAUCGACGUUGCUCAUUCCUGCAUCUGCAACUUCUUUCUGCACUCGACUCCACAGUCCAGAAAUUUUAGCUCGGAAGAUUUGUGUUUGUGUAAAAUCCAAAAAACAAAAAACUUAGGUUCUUCUGAACGUUAUCAGUGAGAAGCUGUACGACGACGCGAGGAUAGUGGACGUCCUGUAUCAGCAGAUCAAGCUUGAUUCUUCCAACGCGCUGCGCGCCGAUCCCGGAAACUUCAAAGCGUACUAUCGCAGGGCGAUUGCGUGCCGAAAUCUUUGCGAGCUAGACCAGGCACUGGAAGAUGCCACAAAGGUGGUAGAACAUUACUCAGCGAAAAACAUGCAAAACCCCGAGGCGGCAAGGUUUCGCGAGGAACUCAUUGAAGAGGUACUUUGAUAUGUAGUCGUCAUUACACACACACCAACAACAUUUCUUCUGUUUUUACUACACAACACCGGAAGACUAUGAAGCACGUCGCAUCGAGACGGGAAGUUGGUGAUAUCGUCUCAAGAUAAAUUUGUUUCCUCGAUGCACGCUACGACCGACGUUUUCAACUAGGUGAAAGCAGAGCGCAGGAAAUGGCACGCGGGGAGCAGCGAAAGAUGGAACCGGGCGCAGGAUCGAAUGCAAGACAAGUAUGCUACAACGAUUGUGGCGGAUUGUCUCGUUGAGUCGAAAGCGAAAAAGUGGACGAGGCAGCUGGUUGAGAAGAAACUGAAUCGUACCUGUUUUCUGUUCUUCACUUCCAUUUGUUUCUAAAGAAGAUCUUCACUUGGCACAGCCUUACUCGACUGAGACGGGCCCCGGCACGGCUCUGAUGAGCUAAAAACGUAGGAAAUUUGUGAUGUUUUUCCGCGAGAAGCACCAACAUUCCCUAAAACUAGGUCCCGGCAAGGACGUCGGUCAGUUUCUGGACACUUUCUGUUCGUCCGAGGAGUUUGCAAAGUUGUACGCGCCGUCCACGAAAGGAGGCAAGCAAACGUACCCAGCGCUCCCCGUGGAGUCCUUCACAGCGCUCGUGUCCGUGCUGUGUCGUGCGGAAAGUGGUGGUGGUGGUGGUGUUCUUUCUGUUGACGACAAGAAAAAGUUUCUUGACGCAGCGGAAAAGUGUGUGAGCAGCGUGGGCCUCGCAAUGCUGGCAGACGACGAGCAGCGAGACGUGGACGCACUGAAAAAGCAGCUGGCUGGGGCGUGAGGACCCUUCGGUGCCCUGCUCCAUCGUCCCAGGGACGACGAAUACCGUCCUCUGUUUUCUCUCUGGUCUAUUUUUUCAACUUUUGGACGUGGAUGAAUUGGAUGAAAGAAAAAGAAGGACUCAUCUUUUUUUGCGAAUAGCACUAGCUGCUAAGAUAUCUUGGAAUACACAUUGCCUGUAGUAGUUCUUGUGAAUGUUGUAACAGUUCCGUCCGACGACGCAAUACUCCAUCAGGGAGGGAGCAAAUCUUCGGCGUCUCGAAAAGAGGAGGCGCUCAUUGUAGAAGUAACCCCAAAAACCAUAAUGAUACUCAGCUCAUUUGAGUAGCAGAAGGAACUGUCAGAAAACCAGAUGUAACGAU